UUUUCUUCUCCAUGCAGGAGGAUGAGCCCAAUGCGAUGGGGGUCAGCGGCAGAGACCAGGCAGAAAUCAGGAAGUCUCUCACCCAGAGGCAGAAGAAGUUGCCAUGGAAACCUGAGUUCAAAGGUCAAGUGAAUCUUCAUGUGUUUGAGGACUGGUGUGGAUCGUCUGUGGCUCAGCUGAGGAAGAACCUGCACUUCCCCCUGUAUCCGCAUACGAGAACGACGGCGAAGAAGCUGGCUGUGGCCCCCAAGUGGAAAAACUAUGGCCUGAGAAUAUUCGGCUACAUCCACCCCUACAGAGAUGGGGACUUCCAGUUUGCCGUGUCCUCCGAUGAUAACUCGGAGCUCUGGCUGAGCUCAGACGAGAGUCCGCUGAACGCCCGGCUGCUGGUGUAUGUGGGCCGGCUGGGCACAGAAUGGACUGCACCAGGAGAGUUCAGCAAAUUCAGAUCUCAGUCUUCCAAGUCUGUUCACCUCAUCUCCUCGCGACGGUACUACUUUGAGAUCUUACACAAGCAAGAUGACAGGGGCUCUGAUCAUGUUGAAGUGGGGUGGAGGCCCUUCCUGCCAGGCCUGAAGUACGAGGUCAUCGACUCGGCCUACAUCUCCCUUUACACAGAUGAGUCCAGUCUGAAGAUGAACAGUGUGGAUCACAUACCGCAGACCAUGGCCAGCCACGCCCGCCUCCCUCAAGAUCCCUCGCCCGGCAGCCAACAUGGCGCCGACAUGCUGAAAGCUGACCCGCGCGACACCUUCUACAGCAUACCAAUGCUAGAGCCGUCUCGUUUGGAGAAUGUGCUGCCUGCCUGCCUCUACACUCCCACCUACGUGGUGAAGGAUUUCCCCAUCGCUCGCUACCAGGGCCUCCAGUUUGUGUACCUGUCCUUCGUCUACCCAAAUGACUUCACGCGCCUCACCCACAUGGAGAGGGAAAACAAGUGCUUCUACAGGGAGUCGCCCAUUUAUCUGGAAAAAUUCGGCUUUUACAAGUACAUGAAGAUGGAUGAGGAGGAUGACGAUCAGCCUCUCUUCUUCCCCAACCCAGAUGACUUCCUGGAGGAAGAAGAGGGGGUGGACCCAGAGGACGAGGUGGAGACGGUGGGCACCCAGGCCAGCCGUGCGAGUCAGGCCUCCACCAGACGUCCGCGCAAGGCCGGCGGAGCCACCCCUGCCGAGAGGAGAGAAGAGAAUGGGCAGGAGAAGGAGAAGGAGGAGGAGCAGAAGCAGCAGCAGCAGCAGGAGGAGGGGAAGGAGGAAGAGGAGGAGGAGAAUAAUGUGGUGCGCAGGAGGCCCAGCAAGCGCGUACUGCCUCACGAGAGGCAGAGGGAGGGGGAUCUGGAGCGGGAGUGGAAGCACCACCGGGAUAAGGGGAGGCACGCGGCCAUCGUGAAGCCCCAGCCGGAGGAGCCGGAGGCUGGGAAGGAGGAGCAGGGAGUGGUGCGGGGCGGUGAGCGGCACCUCUCCUGGAUCCGCACAGGCCCCGAAGAGCUGAGCCGCAAAGGCCGGGCCCGAGAGUCGGCGCCCAAGCUCAGCAAGUCGGCCCUGCUGUUCCCGCAGAAGGCCUCUCUGAGCGCGCUCACCAGACACGCCAAGCAGAUCCUCACCAACUCGGCCCACGUGCCGCGCAGCCCCGCUGACACGCACGCGCGCGCCAUGGAACACAAAAGGGACCCCAACAAGAUCUACAUCACCAGGCCACGGCCUGCCAAGGACAAGAAGGCCCCGCUGUCCCGCCAGCCCAGAGAGGUCUUCCCGGGAGUUUUCCUCUACCAGACUGGGAAAACCACCAGGCUGGUCAACCUGGGGGCCAAGGCCAGGGGUGGCCCUCUCCUUCCCAAGCCCCCACCCAGGGCUGUCCCCGUCAGUGCCAACCUUACCAAGCCGGCUGCACCGCACAAACUUCCCAGCAGGGCGGCGGUAUUGAGCCACACAGACACGAGGAGAGCCACACCAGACCCGCCCAAAGUGCCCCACACGACCACAUCACACCACCGCCCACCCCCUACAGGCCCGGCACCUAACUCCUCAGAGAACACCCUUCCCAUGGACACCCGGGUCACUUCCUACAUGCGGACGUCUGAGAUCACCGAGUCCCAGCAGCAACAGCAGCAGGGGCAGCAGGAGCAGGAGCAGGGGCAGGGAGCGGUGCCCGAGGAGGAAGGCGGCCUAUCGGAGUACAGCUACGAGGAGGCGGAGCCGAGGCCGGGCUGGGCAGAGGAGGCUAUUAACUGGCAGCGGACAUUUUCGGUGAACACCAUGGACUUUGAGCUGCUGCGGUCCGACUGGAACGACCUGCGCUGCAAUGUGUCGGGCAACCUGCAGCUGGCCGAGAGUGAGGUGGUGGACGUGCUGGCACAGUACAUGGAGAAACUCAACGAGCGCAACGGAGGCAUCUACACCCUCCUGCGCAUCAUCAACGUGGAGAAGCGGCGCGACUCGGCCCGCGGCAACCGCUACCUGGUGGAGCUGGAGCUGAUGGAGCGCGGUCGCAACGUGGUGCGCCUGUCCGAGUACAUCUACAUGCUGCUGCACCGCGGACGCCUGGAGGACAGCCUGGAGACGGGGGAGGUGGUCACUCCCCCGCCGCCCACGCCCGCCCCCGUCAGCACACCCGGUGGCCCCGCCAACGCCAACGGGAACGCGGCCCCGUCCUCGCGGCGGCCCCUGCCCACCCGCACCAGCCGAGCCACGCCACAGGCGGGCACUUCCUAUGCCAAACCCUUGCUGUGCCAGCCGGUCAUGCUGCAGUGGAAGAAAGACGUCAUGGUGCACUUUGUGGUGCCAGUGAAGAACCAGGCUCGCUGGGUGCAGCAGUUCAUCGCUGACAUGGAGCACCUGCACCGCGAGACCAAAGACGACAACUUCAACAUCAUUAUCGUGGACUUCCAGAGCGAUGACAUGGACGUGGAGCAAGCCUUGAGGGAGAGCACCGUGCCCAGGUACGAGUAUUUACGGAGACCCGGGAACUUUGAGCGGUCGGCAGGGUUACAGAUUGGAGUGGACACUAUAGAGGACAGCCAUAGUAUCGUGUUCCUGUGUGACCUGCACAUCCACUUCCCCCUUAACAUUAUGGAGAGCAUCCGCAAGCACUGUGUGGAGAGCAGACUGGCCUUCGCCCCCAUCGUUAUGAGACUCGACUGUGGCAGCUCCCCGCAAGAACCCAAUGGGUACUGGGAGGUCAACGGAUUCGGCCUGUUCGGGAUCUACAAGUCAGACUUUGACAAGAUCGGUGGAAUGAACACAGAGGAGUUUAAGGACCGCUGGGGAGGAGAGGACUGGGAGUUACUUGACAGGGUGCUGCAGAAUGGCCUGGAGGUGGAGCGGCUGCGUCUGCGUAACUUCUUCCACUACUACCACUCCAAGCGGGGCAUGUGGAACUCCCAGCCCAAGAAGAGCCCCAAGGGCUAGACUGAACCCAGGGACAGGGCCAUGAGUGCCCACAAGCUGGGAUCCUUUAAGACAGGCACCCUUCAAGGCAUCCGCCAGGCUCUCUGUGGAGCGUUUACUCCAGCCGUGUGUGUGCGUGUGUGUGUCCUCUGUGUGACCUCUGUGUGUGUGUGUGUGUGUGUGUGUGUGUGUGUGUGUGUGUGUGUACAGACACAGGGCAAAACAGGAGUUUCUGUGUGUGAUGUCGGGGUGUCGAUUUUGAUCUUUGAUCUUGAUCACAAAUCACAGGAGGAGAACAAACAGACCCUUGUCUGUUUCGCUUUUCUUUUCUUUUUUUUAUGUUCUUGCCACUCCUGUCAUUUCCUGGGCAGGAUUUUGUUUUAGUUUUUUUUUUACUCUGAAAAUAUGGCUUUUAGGACAACUAAUGAGAAAAUGACAGACUGGUGUCUCUCAGCUACGAUGUGUCCAGAUGAUGAAGGAACCUGAGGAUUGGUGACUUGCCUUGGUUGCUGGGACUCCUCGAGUGUGUAGGCCAUGCCGCCAGUGCUGUGCUACGACAUUAACCACGUGGUCUAGAGGUAGACAAACGUCUCGUCUGUAGAGAUGCAGUGUGUUGACAUUUUGAUGCAGAGAGUAUGAACUUCCUCCGGGGUUAUAUUUUCUAUACCCGGAAAUUAAGGUGUACUUGGUGCAUUUCAUUUAGCACUCCAAGUGCUAAACAUUCAUAAACUACUUGACUCACGUGUAUGACUUCUGCCGACUGUAAGAGGGGAAAUAUUACAGUGGAAUUGUUUUUGAUAUAUACCCAUGUAAAUGCACUUUUCUUUGGGAUGUGGGGGGACAGGCUACUGCUUGACCCUGUUGACACUGUAUAAUGCCACAUGGCUUUUUCUUAGAGAUUUGAAGCAGAAACUGAGGCCCUUCUGCACAGGUAACUGGAAAGAAACUGGACUUUUUUGAGCUGCGUUAGAAGAAUGACUGCUCUCUACCUGCUGAAGAAGAGGAAGAAGACACAAAAAAAGCUUUUCUAAUGAGAAAUACAUUGCAGUUUAUAUGUAUCUGCUUUUGUUUGUCUGUUUUGUUUUGUUUUGCUUUUUUUUUUGCUUUCGUCUGAAGUGUGAGGGAGGUGCCUCCAGUCCACCUUAUUUGUAUGGAUGCAGACGUCAGAACCUUGUGUGCUACGGGCCUCUCCCUUCUCUUCCUCCAGAGUGACAGCAGGAACCGUUCUAGACUGACCUCUGGGGAGUGUGAGUGUGUGUGUGUGUGUGUGUGUGUGUGUGUGUGUGUGUGUGUGUGUGCGCGUGUGUGUUUGGGGGAGGGUAGGGAUGUGUAAUUUCACUUAUGUGUGCCUUUUAUUGGGUGGGGUGUGCUUGAGAGCACCUCAGUCAACAGGCUGGGGAAUGUGCACUGGACUCGGGUGAAGAUGAGUGAGAAGGCUCAAUCCCUUAUGGAGAGAGACAAAAAAAAUAAAGAAAUAAGUCUCAUAGGAAGAAAGAUAGACCGGGGUCGUUCGAAAACAACAGGCGUUAAACAACCCAACCGGCAGCUGUAUCUUUAGCAUGGGAACUGACAGACUUGGUCACUGAACACCUUUCUUAAUCCUGCUUGUUGUAAAAGAUACUACAAUGGGACUGAACUGGUUUAAGGUGGCUACACUGGCAGCAGUGGAGAUUACGAUUGUUCAAAUCUCUCUUUGCCUCUCUCUCACCCCAGAGGCCUAUAUAUCAUUUAUCAUACUUUGGAAACCGACUAUUGAAAAAAAGAAAUACAUGAGUUCAAAACAAGGAUCUACAUUCCAAGGUAAUUUCUGUGAAAUUGUUGUGUAGAAAAUUUAAGAAUGUAUUGUAUUUUUUCCAUGCCUUUAUUUCUUUUUAAGAAUAAAGUUUUAUGCUGACUA